AUGGACUUGUCUGGUGAGAAACAACCCAAGAAAAGAAACUGCAAGCAAGAAGAAGAUCAACCCGAAAAUUGGAUUCAUAGCCUGCCUCAUGAAAUUGCCAUAGACAUACUUUCAAGGCUACCUGCAACAGCUCUCAUCCAAUUCAGGUUUGUAUCCAAAGCCUCACAUAUCUUGUCAAAUGAUCCACUUCUUGGUAACUUGCACUUAUCCCGAACGGCGAAGAACAAUCCAUGCCUUAUAUUUCACUGUGACUACCCGAUUCGAAACCAGCUCUAUUUUGUUGAGCUUUCUGAUCAGAAAGAGAUUGUGAGGAAAAUUCAGACUCCUUUCUCUGCUUCUAUGCCAGAAUUUAAUGUGGUAGGCUCAUGUAAUGGCUUAUUAUGCUUAUCUGAUUCGUUAUUCGAUGGUUUGCUCUAUGUGUACAAUCCUUUUACAAGGAAACACAGAGAGCUGCCCAAGUCUAUUCAGUUUGAAGAACAAGAGGUGAUGUUUGGAUUUGGAUUUCACCCAGUUACCAAAGAGUACAAGGUGGUCAAAAUAAUCUACUAUGCCAAUGCAUAUAAUGCUCAUAAUAGACCUUCGCGUUAUCCCAGAGUUAGAAUCCGUGACUUUCCACACUCAGAGGUUCAAAUACUUGGUCUGAGUAGUAACGCUUGGAGAAGUAUUGGAAAAGUACCUUAUCAGCUAGAUAGGUCAUCAGAAGCAUUAGUGAAUGGAAGGCUUCAUUGGGUGACCCAACGAGGAAAGUGUCACGGGGUUCGUGGCCAAAUCAUAGUCUCUUUUGACCUAGCAGACGAGCAAUUCCGAGAGGUACCAAGAGCUGACAGUGUUUUCCUAACUAGGUGUACCUUUUAUUUGGCAGUUCUGGGAGGGUGUCUCUCUGCAGUAGUGCCUUUAGGUUAUGGUAGAUUGGAGAUUUGGUCUAUGAAGGAAUAUAAUGUGAAAGAGUCUUGGAUCAAAGAGUACAACAUUGAAGGUCACUUGCCAACAAUUGUGAGGCAACAUCUGAAGCAAGAUCUGCAGCGACCAUUCAGGAUUUGGAAGAAUGUUUGCAAUAGCAGAAUUGUUCGAGUCCUGUGUCUUCUGAAGAAUGGAAAGAUCUUGCUAGAGUACAGAGGUGGAAAUCUUGUUUCUUAUGAUCCCGAGAGCCAAACAUUUGAGCAUAUGAUGUUUCAGGGUAUGCCUAAUUUGUUUCAAAUGGUUGUUCAUGUUGGCAGCCUUAAUUGGAUUGACAUCCCUUCUGAAUUGUAG